AUGGCUUUAUCAAGCGCCAUUUCAACCAAAUCAAACCACGAAUGUCAGACAACACGUCCGAGGACAACCCGACUAAGUAUUGGUUCGUUCCUGAAAUACCACAACCAGCUCCUUGUUCAACACCAGAAUUACAAGGAAACCAGCCAGAAACGCACCACGAUCUUCCGAAUACCCUUCAAGAAACAGUUCCUGAUCCUGGUGAAAAUGCAGCAACGUCGAAUGAAACUCCAAAUCGAAACCAAUCUUCGCGACGACGUUCUGGUAAAGCGAAUAAUUGGUUUGGAUGAAGUAGAUAACAAUAUGGACACCUGGGAACUGAUUAAGAGCAGACGUGGGGGCCUCAAGAAACCCAAGCAGUUUUCCGCCAUUCUAAGACAAGCGGAACUGGAAUCGGAUUGGGGUCUUUUCACAUUCAAGCAGGUGCAGCUUAUUUGCGAGAAUAUGAUUAAAGAAUCGGAGAAUGACCUCUGUGAAUUGUACGAAGCCCUAUUGAUCAGUAAGCUGACCGAGCAGUAUGAUUGUUCAGGAACGGAUUGCGUUUAUCGAUAA